AUGUCUUUCACGGAGACAGUUAAAUGCGAAAUUAUCUUGGAAUACUACUUAUACAAUGAACCUGAUGGGACUAUCACGGUACAGCGGGAUGCGCCGGACGGUUAUCUUAUCUUUGAUCGUAUGUUAGAUUUCUCGGAACUUGUUGAUAAGGUAUGUGGUGUGAUGGAAGUUGAUAGAGAAGGACUGUAUAUUGAUUUUUCUUUGGUAUGGACGGAGAGGUCAGGAAAAGAAUUGUACCCUGAAAAUGUUGAGAGAACAUGCCAUGUUUAUGCAAGUUCAUCUGGCCAGGAUAUUGGUGCCAGCACUAGUGGUGGUAGAACAGUUGAAGACAAUGAAGAUGGAGAUGAAGAUGGAGAUGAAGAUGAAGAUAAAGAUGAAGAUGCAGAUGAAGAUGAAGAUGAAGAUGGCGGGGGUGUCGAAAGCAGUGAUGAUGAGUACGUCCCAUUGGAUGAGGACUCAAAUGACGACACUGAUUUUGAGUCAUCUUCUUCAGUCCCAUAUGUUUUCGACGACAUAAGUGGAUGGGACAAGACUUUAGAGGAAGUAGAUUGUGAUGGGGUUAAAAUGUGGGAUGGCAAUCCGUUGACGCUAGGCCUUGAUAUACAUUUCGCCAACAAGCCUGAGGCACAAGCGGCAGUGGGAGAAUGGAACUUGGUACAUGGUCGGACUUUCCGGGUGAAAACGAGCUCUAAACGAACAUGGUAUAUCGAAUGCGAGACGUGUGGACCCAAAUAUCCGAAAGAGCAUCUUCACGGCUAUGAUUGUCUGUGGAAGGCGCGAGUUUUGCUACAGAAGGCCACCGAUACUUGGAAAAUGGUGGCAAACAUUGAUAUGAUCCAAAAAUGUCAGACUGUUCUACCUCCUAAGCCAAUGAAACUGUAUGAAGAGGCCCGGAAGAAAUCAUUGAGGCAAAAGGUCAACCGGUUUAGUAAGAGAAACCAGAAGUACGAAGUGGUUACAAUAGCACCCGAUAAUCAACCAUGGAAGGCUGAGGAGAAGCAAGUUGUGCUGUAUGCAAAUCGAGAGUGCACUUGCGGAAGGUGGCAGACUUUCAGAUUUCCUUGUUCCCAUGCACUUCGAGUUGCCCGUGAGCUAGGUGACGAUCCCUUCCCACUUUUUGAUCCGUGUUACACUACGCAUCAAUGGUACCAGCAGUUUUCUGGAGAAUUCAACCUAAUCAUGGAACUACGGCCAAAGGCAAAGUGGCAGAUCAGGCCAGAUGACACUAAACUUGUCCACCAUGCUGGCCGAGGUCGGAAGCGUGUGAAUCGGAAAAAAGGUGUGAUGGAUUAUACAAGCAAAUCUGGCCAGCGAAGACUCCAAACUUGCAGUUUAUCCUAUUUGGAGAGGAUGUUUGGAUUUAGGUUCCAGACAGAGGAGUCUAGAUUGACGAGCGUUUCCAUCACUGAAAUAAAGACUCACAUAGAGAAUAAUCCUUUGACGGACCUGUCCCCUGACGAUGCACACCUACAGCGAGCCCGUUGUUUUGUUGGAUGGCUCGUUGGCGGAUUACUGUUCUCAAACACUACGAGAAACAGUUUUCCUCUCGAUCUUGUGCAUUUUCUUCAUACUCCCGAGAUUUGCUCGGAGUACAGUUGGGGUAGUGCGGCACUAUGUUACUUGUAUCGCAGCAUGUCCAAGUCAUCUCUGGCCGCUUCUGCCAAGGCUAUUACCGGCUGUGUGAUUCUUCUUCAGCUCUGGGCCUGGGAGCGGAUUUUGACGGUUCAGCCAAGAUACUGGGUGGGGAUCUCGAUCUAUCUCAUUGUCCAUUGGGCACGAGAUCCGGAGUAUCUCUUGUGGUACCAUCAGGUUACUGUGAAGUAUGUUACGGAUCCGACGGACUCUGAAAAUGCGAGGGGUUUUCACGGCUCUGCAGAGACCUUGCGCCUCAUGACCCGACCUAGCAACAUCCACCACCCAGACCUCCGAGGCCAUGAGCAGUCUCAUAUUCCCUUCACUGGCGGUUCAUCCCAUCAGUCUCCACAUCAGUCUCCACUCCAUUCUCGACAGCAUUCAGCCCAUCAGUCUCCACAUCAUUCUUCGCCGACCCAACAGGCGUUUUACCACUUCUCAGCCAUCAGGCUGAUGACCCAGCUGAGGCGCCAUGAGGAGCAGGGAUCGAGUCAGACUCUAGGGACUCCACCGUUGGCUAAAAAAUCAGACUUUGCAGUCGAGAUUCAGCAACCUAGCACAAGUAUUUUCGAAACAGAAAAUCAAGAACCAGAAACUUCAGUAUCAAAUUGUGAACCCGAAAUUCCAAAUGAAGCAAGUGAAGGGAGUGAACUUGACUCUAGAAAUGAUGAUCUUGGCAAUGUCAAUCCUGAAGCAUUCUAG